AUGGGCAAUGCUGCCUUUGUUUCACAUCAGUGGGUUGCCAGGCAACACCCAGACCCAGAAUUCAGGCAGAUGAGUGUCCUGCAGGAUACCUUGAAGCACCUUCUGGGCAGCGGAGGGCACGUGCUUCUCGAUAUAGCGACCGAACAGCACGUGCGCAGCGCCAGGCCCCUUCCGACGAAGGACUUUCAAUCCCGCGCCUUGUUCGUUUGGUACGAUUAUUUCUCUGUUCCGCAAUCAGAGCACCGCGAGUCCCACGCCUCUGACAACAGCGACGGGAGCCAGCAAGCCAACGCCAUUAACAGCAUCCCAGCCUAUGUGGCGAAGUGUAAGUUUUUCUUGGCCUUGUGCCCGGUUCUUGAUCGUGCUUCGGAAGAGAAAGUGCUGAGCCCGCGUUCAUGGGCUGAGCGUGGGUGGUGCAGAGUGGAGCGGGCCGCUCGUGAAUUGUCUCCGGACAGCACCUGGAUUCUGAUCCAGGGCACUACUCGCAUGGAGCUGGUAGGCACGGCAAUUUCGUUUCCUUCAGGUUCCGUUGGGGAAGGCAGGUUUACAGUGGAAGAGGACCGGCAAAAGCUGGCCCCAGUGAUGCGGAGCAUCCUCACACACAAGCUGAUGCACUGUUUACGGACAAGAGACUUUCCUGCCUUCCGGCGGCACCUCAACUUGCAGAGCGUCCACCUCCGGGGGUUGGAGAUCGAGCCCGUGCAUGGCGUCCUCCCCAACGAGGCUCCGAACGCACUGUCGCGCUUUCUGUUCCAGAACGGCCUUGGGAAGGUCGAUGCAUCCGACAGUGCAGGUUGGUGGCCCUUGCACUACGCAGCUUUGUCCGGCAACGCAGAGGUGAUCCAAGGUCUCCUGGAGCUCCGGGCCUCUGUGAACCAGAGGACUGCAAAGGACGAGCCCGGCCUGGGCAUUCCGCUGUGGACGUCGGCCUUAGACCUCGCCGUUCUCCACAAGCACAACGAAGCAGCUCAGGUUCUCAUCGCAGCAAGCGCCAGUUUGGAAGGCAGAUUGGUUCCAGCCAUGUCCGCAGCAGCCGCUGCCGACAACGCAGAGGGCAUCCGGCUGCUUUGCGAAGCAGGCGGCAACCCUUUGGCCAGGAAUUUUGUUGGCCUAACCAACUUGAUGAGUGCAGCCAGCGCUCACGCCCCGGCCGCCCUGGAAGAGCUGGUUGCACAAGCCCAGCCAAACUGCCUGGAGCUCUCCAAGGCCUUGGCCCAGGCCGCCGCCUUUCGCGGCGGCUCGCCGGAGCUCAUCCAGCGCCUCCUUGACCUGAGGGCCGAUGUCGACUACCAAGUGGUUGUGGAGCGCGACAUGACUCUCCUGGGCCAGCUGCUCGUCGGAGCCACAUCUCUGCAGCACCGCGUCGGACGGCGCACGCACCUGUCAGCCUGGGCGUACCAUCUGCGCGGCAGCACCCCUUUGAUGCAUGCCAUGCGGUCGGCUCAAUACGAGGCCGCCGCGGUCCUGAUCGCAGCCGGUGCCAAGCUGGAGAUCGAGAAUUCCCGGGGCUGGAUUGCAGCCGACUUUGCGAGGAACAGCUCAAUCCCGCCCUUCCUGCAGCAAGGCUUGGCAGGGGACCCCUCAGGCUGCAAGCGGUUGUCCGAGCUCGCAGGCAAAGACGACUUGAUCGAGAUUCGAUUUUGA